GGCUCUCUCCCUCUCACACACACGCUUGAGAUGGGACUUGGCAGUAGGGGGACCUCCAUACUCUGGCAAUCCGCGCUUUAAUUCUAGCCACACGGCGAGACUCCAGCAGAGAUACACACACGGUGGGCACGGUUACGGAUUUAUUUCUAUGUUUUUUGGCGUCGCUUAUCCAGGAGCUACGUCUUCUUGAUCUGAGUGUACACUCUGGAGCCCCUGAAUCUCUCAGUGAAGCACAUUUCCUGAACAGGGGAGGAGAACGAUGACGUGAAAGAGGCAAGAAUGUACAAAAGCAUAAAAUAACACACUUGUAGAGCGUUGCAGCAGGACCUGUUCUCACACUUGAGGGGUGUGAGAGGGUGUCUAUGUUGUCAGGAUGACUAUGAAAAGCUUGUCCUCAAGCCGGAGCCACCACCACACUCUGGCUCACUGUGACCCCUCCUACGACUCUCUGACCCUGCGUCCAGACCGUCGCCCUUUUCUCCUCGACCCGCCUGACGGCCACCCUUCCAACCACUCCUUCUACUCUGGAUGCCCGCCUGACCCCCCAGCCAGCAGCACCUUUCCCCGUCGGCAGUAUGCCUCGCACCACCAGCUGAAGGACGAGUGCAUGGCAGUAGUGCCCUACACGGGACACCCCUCCUGCGGUCCCCCAACCGUCCCUGCCACCCUAGUCGAGCAGUUUGAGCGGCAGAGGCCACCUAGACGUGAUGGCUACCACACGCUGCAGUACAAGCGUACAGCUGCUCUGGAGCACCAGCGCAGCGACAGCCCUGGCCGCAUUCGCCACCUUGUCCACUCUGUUCAGAAACUCUUUACCAAGUCCCACUCGCUGGAGGGCCCCAGUCAGCGCAGCCUGAAUGGCAGUGAUCCUGCUGAGUCCAUGCCCACGGCCUCUGCCUCGCACCCCAAUGUGGCUACUCUGCAUCGGCCACACAGCCAGGCCAAGCGCCCCAAGAGCAAAGAGAGGAGCCGUUCAGAGCCCAAGCCUCGUCCACGCUCGCCUGUCUCCGGCUACUGGAGCUCAGACGACACCUUAGACCGUGACAUCUGCCUUUACCGCCACCAUCACCAGCACCACCAGCAACCCUCUGGUGUCAUGACUAUGGGCCGGCAUCCGGACAAGUCACAAUCACACUAUUUCCUGGAGCACGCCUACAACACGCUUGGUGGAGGCAGGUCAUCCCUGAAGACUUCUAGAAGCAAUAAUGAUGUGGGCAAGUGUGCUGCCUGCUCUGGGCCACCAGGUGCUGUGGUGGCACUGCCCAGCCCACUUGGGGCAGAUCAGGCAGGGCCACUUCUGAAGAAAAGCUCCUGGUCAAGCACGCUGACAGUUAGCAGGGCACGGGAGGUCUACCAGAAGGGGGCAGUCAGUGUCGAUAAAGCACUAGUUAAAGCACAGACCUGCCAGCAGGGACGGACCUGCCAGUUCUUACAGGUACCUCAGGAUGAGUGGAGUGGGUUCUCUACUCUGGGUCGGGAUGAUGAAAUCCCGUGCAGGCGGAUGCGCAGCGGCAGCUACAUGAAGGCUAUGGCAGAGGAUGACAGCGGAGAUUCCGACUGCAGCCCCAAGCCCUCACCCAAGGCCCAAGCACGGAGAGCUAGCUAUCUGAAGGCCACACAGCCAUCACUCACAGAGAUGACCACGCUAAAGAUCAGUACGGAGUCCCAUUCGCCCAAGCUGCAGAUCCGGAGCCACAGUUACCUGCGAGCAGUGAGUGAGGUGUCCAUCAACCGCAGUUUGGACAGCCUGGACCCGGCGGGCCUGCUGUCCUCACCCAAAUUCCGCUCCAGAAAUGAGAGCUACAUGCGGGCCAUGAGCACCAUCAGCCAGGUGAGUGAAGUAGAGGUAAAUGGGCAGAUUGAGGCGGUAUGCGAGAGUGUGUUCAGCGAGAUGGAGUCUCAGGCUGUUGAUGCUCUGGAUUUACCGGUUUCUGGGUGCUUCCGGAUGCGCAGCCACAGCUACGUACGUGCCAUCGAGAAGGGCUGCUCUCAAGACGAUGGAGAAGUGGAGAGAACAGCACUUCGGGCUAUUUCACCCCCUCGCACCACCACUACUGUCAGAACUAUACAAAGUAGCACAGUAUCAUCAUGCAUCACCACCUACAAGAAGACCCCGCCCCCAGUCCCUCCUAGGUCGACACCCACCCGGCCAUACAUUUCCAUCACAGCUCAGAGCAGCACAGAGUCAGCACAGGAUGCCUACAGCGAGCUGAACAGCAACCCGGCUAACCGUGCCCUGGCCACGGCACAGUCUGGUCUCAGCAACUCCACAGAGAGUAUUGACAGCAUGAAGGCUCUGACUGCAGCCAUCGAAGCAGCUAAUGCCCAAGUCCACGGACCCGCCAGCCAGCAUGUGACUAACAGUACCAUCACCAUCACCACAGCAACAACCACUAACGUCACCCACAUAUCUCAGGAUGGCAAGAGGGAUGCUCUGAGGAAAUGUCUGUCUAUAGGCAUACAGGUGGAUGGUCCCGAGGACAGGGCUGGGUCAGAAGAACACUGCAAGUUUCAGUCAGUGGGAAUUCAAGUAGAGGAGGAGCGAUGCUAUCGCAGACUCACCCGCUCCAACAGUGUCACCACAGCCGUGCAGGCUGACCUGGACCUUUCAGAGGGUUUGAAGAGUGACCUAGCCAAUUACACACCAGUUUCCAGCCACGGCUCCACCGUACGGCAGUUGUCCAGGGAUGCGGCCACUUCCACAGUCAGUAUCCAAGGCUCAGGGAACCACUAUCAUGCCUGUGCCCAGGAUGACUAUGCAGAGGUGGGCUUUGACCCGUCCAUCCUGCCCCCACCAGACCCAUGGAUGGACGCAAGUAUGGAUGAGGAGAGCAGCGGAGGUGGGGCUGGCUCUGUGUGUCCACGCGAUGGACAUUGGUUCCUCAAGCUACUGCAGGCUGAAGUGGAGAGGAUGAAGGGAUGGUGCCGGCAGAUGGAGCGUGAUGAGCAUGAGAAUGAGCUGCCGGAUGAGGUACUGGAAAAGAUUCGGAGUGCAGUAGGUAGCGCUCAGCUGCUGAUGUCGCAGAAGUUCCAGCAGUUCCGGGAGCUAUGUGAGGAGAACCUGAACCCCAAUGCCCACCCACGACCUGUGUCACAGGACCUUGCAGGAUUCUGGGAUAUGUUGCAGUUGUCUAUUGAAAACAUCAGUUUGAAGUUUGAUGAAUUGCACCAACUCAAAGCCAACAACUGGAAAUGCUUGGAACCAUCUGAGCAAAAGGAGAGGCGAGUACCUCCACCAGUGCCGAAGAAGCCAGGAAAAGGUGUAGCACUGCUGGUGAGGGAUCGCUCUUUGGAGGGCUCACAGAGACUAGAGGCACGAAAACGACUGCAAGCAGCUAAACGUGCUGCUGCUACACUACGCCAGAGCUCUGCCACAGAGUGUGCAGACAGUAUCGAAAUCUAUAUACCAGAAGCCCAGACACGAUUAUAAACACAUAUACGGAUGCAAACCCCACAUACGCAGUUGAAGCCUAUAGAAGUAAAGAUAACUUACAUACUACACACUUCAGGCAAUUCAGAGACUUGUAGAUGGCCAUGUAGCUUCCACACACACAACCUCACCACACACAAAUGGUCUGAAUGACAAUGACUUAGGCAGGGUAGUUGUAAUAUAAUCACUGCUUCAUUUUUCCUCUAUAAAAGUGCUUAAAAGUAUAUAUAUGCUAAGAGGUUAUAGACAGUGGAAAUCUUUGAGUUUCUGACUUUUUUUAUUUCCUUCUUUUUUAUCUUCCAGAUUUAGCCAGUUUAGAUGUAGCUUCAUUGUUAUCCUCCCAAAGAUUGUUUUAAAAAAUUAAUAGCAGCCAUUCUCUUUACUAUUAAAUUUUAUAAGGCUAUAUAAUUGUAUCCUAAAACAUAACCCAAGUUUCACUGUUAUCACAGUGUUUAAAGAGCAGUACUCAAAGGCUUCAUCACAUUAGUGUAGCACUCAAAUGGCUGUGUGUGCUCUCAUGUGUCAUCUUGUCCCCUGGGACUGGGUGAAACUGUUUUUGUGUCAUUAUCAAGGGAACAAGUGGAAGAACCACAUGCCCCUUCAGCUUCUCAUUUGUGCUCGUCUCGUUUUCUUUCUUUCUAAGCUUCCUUUCUUUCACAAGAUUCCCUUCUAGUGAAAUAUGUGUGGUGUGUUUUCUCUAUCUAGCACCUGUGCAACUUUACAUACAGUGUAGCUGCUGUUGCUAGGUUGGACAAGUUUUACAGAAAGUUAGCAGAAAUCUCAUUCAAGCUGGUCUGAAAUUGUAGGACACUUUAUUUGGGUUCACACACAAUGUUCACUUUCCACUUUAAAAUGGUACACUAAUCACAUUGUAAGCAUAGGUUUAGUUCCUUGUUAAUCAAGCCAAACACCUGUAGUUGGUGUUAGUGUGGUGGCAAAUUUGUCAUUGUUGUUUUCAAACUGCCUAGUUUAGUUUAGCUACAAUUACAGACCAGUUCACUGUAGCAUUUUAAACUGUAAACUCAACAUUUUGUUACAACACUAAAUUAAGUGCAAUACACUUUUGCUCUAGGUUGAACUGUUUUUUGUUUUUUUUUGCCAAAGUGUUGUAAAGCUUGGCCAACCAUCCAAAAGUUGCUAUGGAAAAACAUUUGUGAGUGGAGAAUGGAUGUCUGUUCUAUUCUCCUCUUUGGCCGAGCCUGAACUACAGCCUAGCUGACAUGAACAUGACACACAUGCACUUAUAAGGCCUAUAUCAACCAUGAGUGUUUUGGUCUGGGAUAGUAUUUUUACUUGAAAAUGCAUCAAAAUGCACCAUCUCACCAUUAUUGCAUUCAUUGCAUCUCAUUUAUGAAAUAACACAGUCAGUAUUCAAUGCAUCAUUAAACUUUAAAGGUUAUUUUAACUUCACUCUUACAAUAUUGAACUCAGAUUGCUAACAAAACCUGUCACUUUAAGCCUACAUAUCUUUAUAUAAUAGACCAAAUCUAUAAUAUAAAUUUGUUUUAUUGUAAGAGGUUUGAUGAAAAUCUGUUCAGGUCUCUGACUCACAAGGUUGCAGAAGGAGAAAUCAAGAAAUUUAACUAAGAAGAAUCCCUUGUUAACAUUUUUUAGUUUUCUUUGUUUUUAAAAAGUAAACAAAUUAUUCUGAUUCAGUAAGAAGAAAAUUGUAUUUAAGAUGACAAUGUUUGAAGUCACAGAUGUUGUGACUUACUAGUUUGUGUAUAGCUGCCUUUUAUAGUAGCUAUAUCUACAUAUACAGUUGAAGUCAUAUAUUUACAUACACCUUAGCCCCAUUUAUUUAAAUUCAAAUGUUUUUCACAAUUCCUGGAUUUAAUCCUAGUACACAUUCAAUCUUUUAUGUUAGUGUCACUACUAUAUUUUAAGAAUGUGCCGUGUCAGAUGAAUACUAGACACGAUUUUUUCAGCUUUUAUUUCUUUCAUGAUAUUCUUAGUGGCUCAGAAAUUUACAUACACGUGGUAUUUGGUAGCAUUGCCUUUAAAUUGUUUUGAGUUAAUUGUUUCAGGUACCCUUCCACAAGCUGCUCACAAUAAGUUGCUGAAAUAGUUAUUCAUUCCUCCUGACAAAACUGGUGUAACUGAUCAGGUUAGUAGGCCUCCUUGCACCUUGCAUGUGCUUUUUCAGUUCUUCCCAUAAACUGAGCUCAGGGCUUUGUGAUGGCCACUGUAUUACUUUGACUUUGUUGUCCUUAAGCCAUUUUGCCACAACUUUGGAAGUAUGCUUAGGGCCUUUGUCUAUAUAGAAGUCUAUAUACCCAUUUUGCACAAUCUUUAACUUUGUGUCUGAUGUCUGGAGGUGUUUCAAUAUCUCUAUAUAAUUGUCUUUCCUCAUAAUGCCAACUAUUUUGUGAAGUGCCCCGGUCCCUCCUACAGCAAAGCACCCUCACAAAAUGGUGCUGCCACCCGUAUGUUUCACAGUUAGGAUAGUGUUCUUUGGCUUGCAAGCCUCCCCCUUUUUCCUCCACACAUAGGGAUGGUCAAUAUGGCCAAAUAUUUUUGUUUCAUCAGACCAGAGAACCUUUCUCCAAAUAGUACGAUCUUUGUUCCCAUGUACAGUUGCAAACUUUUUUAUGGUGGUUUUAGAGGAUUGGCUCUUUCCUUGCUGAGUGUCCUUUCAGGUCAUGUCAAUACUUGACACGUUUUACUGUUGAUGUAGAUACUUUUGUACCUGUUUCCUCCAGCAUCUUUACAAGGUUGUUUGCUAUUCUUGGAUUAAUAUGCAUUUUUCUCACAAAAGUACAUUCAUUUGUAGGAAAUAGAAUGCGUCUCCUUCCUAAAUAGUAUGAUGACUGUGUGGUCCCAUGGUGUUUAAAAUAGCAUUUCAUCGUUUCGACAGAUGAACAUGGUACCUUUGAAAAUUUUGGAAAGUUUGGAACUUCCAAGGAUGUACUAGACUUGUGAAUGUCCACAAUUCUUUCUUUGAUGACUUGGCUGAUCUCCUUUUUCCCUAUGAUGUCAAGCAAAGAGACAAAUAGGUCUUGAAGGUAGGCCUUAAAAUACUGCCACACCUCUCAAACUAACUUAAAAUUAUGUCAGUUAGCUUAUCAGAAGCUACUAAAACCAUGGCGUUGUUUUCUGGACUUUUACAAGCUGUUUAAAGGUACAGUCAACUUGGUGUGUGUAAACCUGUGACUCACUGGAAUUUUCAUGUAUUGAACUAUAAGUGAAACAUCUGUUGUUAAAUUGAGUUUUAAUGACUUUAACCUAAGUGUGUACAAAUUUAUGACUUCAGCUGCAGAGCAAUUUUAUGUUAUUCAGGCUUAAUAUUGUGAUCAUUAGGGUGCUGAAAAAUCAAAAUGUUAUUGUGGCAUCUUUGGCCCACUGAGGCCAUCUGUGUGAGUGAAUGUGUGCGUGUGUGCUAUCAACACAUUUAAGUGCAUAUUUCAAAGUGCUUCCUAAUUUUUGUUUUUUCUUAUCCAAAGGGUUUCACUUUUUGACUGAAAUGUAGCACAGCUCACUGUAACAUAUACAAGCCUCCCAGGCGAUAUGUAUCUGUUUGUAAUAUGACAUUAGUAAAAAUAAUUUUCAAAGCGUGUCUAGAAAGUUCAUGUAGAUGCAUCUAUGUAGGGCAAAUACCAUAAAUAUUUUUCUAUUUCUAGAAAACUCAUUAUAAUAAAACUGUUGAAUUCCUGUUUGGUAGAUAGUGCUGCUCUUAUGAUUUACAAAACUGAUAACUGUCAUAUGUGCACUUAAGUACCUGAAUACUCCAGUACAUAUUCUGAUGAAUUUUCUAUUACUUAUCAAAACAUUACUUUGCACUUAAACUAUGAAAAAUACAGAGCUACUACUUUCUUGAAAUAAUAUUUGAAAUGCUUCACUGUGUAGUUGUUUGAAAAUAAAUCUAUUUAUAUUAUCCACCCAGUAGCUAACGUGCAGCCACUUUGUUUUGUUUUUUGUUUUGUUUUGUUUUGUUUGCUCCUCUUGUACAGUUUGACCAUAGUAGUAUUUUCAGUAUGUCUCUUGUAUUUAUUGCUACAAAAAGACUGUUUUGGUUAUUGUUAUUAUGCACUAUAAAAUGCCCUUUUUUACUGUGGUUAGUAGUUGUUUUAAAUAUGGUUGAUGUUUAAAUUCUCAGCCUUAAUUUAUGAAAUUAUGAUAGUCAUGCACAACAUAGCCUCAGGGGAGACUAUAUAGUGUGUAUGUAUGUGGACGUGUGUUUCUGUGUGGGAACAGGUCUCAUCUCCUUAUAGUCGUCUCUUGGUUAAGAAAUGUUUUUGUUCUCAGACGUUGCCAUGAAGAUUUUUAUGUAGUCAUGUUGUCCUUACAACUAUUAUGGAAUCUUCUGUAUCUGCCCCUAUUGAACGUUAGCAUGAGUAGUUUCUCUAAAGGGCUCCACCAAAACUAUUGAGUAAAUGUAAGGUUUUAAUUUUGAGGACAAUCACUAGAUGACUAGAUAUCACAAAAUACUAGAUAUUCCUGAUUACUGCAAGACUAAAGGUGAGUGCCACUCUCAGUUCUUUUUAGCUAGUAUGAAAUUUAUUUAAUGUUUGUAUUUUGGGGGGGGGUUCUUUGGGGUUUUUCUUUUUUUCCAAGGUGAAAACUAUAAAAAUGACAUGUUCGGAUUGUGGAUAUUUGCCAAAUGAAUGAGUGAGCACCAGCCUCAAAGCUUUCUGGAAAGUGUAGAAAGGUUAAUGAUGAUAGUGUUGAAGCAUAAAAAUUAUUCAAACAACUGUUUGUAAAUACAUGAAUGUUCUCUUUAAUGUAAAUGUAUACAACUUACAUCUAAAAACAUGUUAACCAAACAGAUCAUUUGUAAUUAAUGUUAUUACUCACUUGAUGUAAUGGCACGUGUCUGAAAUUUUGGUCAUUAAAAUACUAAGUUGCCAUUCUCA